AUGGAUCUCGGCAAGCUUGAACGAUGGAUCAGUCGACCGGCCGCCAAGCCUUAUCGAUCAAAGCGCCUGAUCCAACGGCAAACAACAGCAGGUGGUACAGCUGUGGACCCUGAGCUACUGCGUCCUGCACUCGAUGACGAUGGGCAUGUCGCAUUUGAUGAUGAUGAUAUUGAAAACCCAAAGAAUUGGUCUCCCGCGCGACGAUGGUACAUCACCAUGGCAUCCGUUUUGCUCGUUGUGAAUGCGACAUUUGCCAGUUCAUCACCAUCCGGCUGUCUUGGUUCCAUUAUUGAAGACUUUGGCGUCUCGCAAGAGGUUGGCUCUCUUGUCAUUACAGUCUACCUCCUUGGCUACGUCUUUGGACCUCUUCUCUGGGGCCCGCUCUCAGAGUUUUAUGGUCGCAGACCGCUAUUUCUGCUCACCUUUACGCUCUACCUCUGCUUCACGUUUCUCUGCGCAUUCACGCCUAACUACGCAGGUCUGCUUAUUGGCCGCUUCUUGACAGGUACAUUUGCUAGUGCGUCACUGUCCAAUUCACCGGGUGUGCUGGUCGACAUUUGGGGUCCCAUGGAGCGCGGCAAUGCCAUGGCGGUCUUUUCCAUGAUGACCUUUGUCGGUCCUGCUCUUGGUCCGUUGACGUCUGGUUUUAUCCAGCUCAAGCUCAACUGGCGAUGGAGCUUUUACGUACUCCUAUGGCUUGCUGGCAUCACGCAACUCAUGCUUUUGACGAUCCCGGAAACACUUGGUCCUAUUGUUCUGCUCAACAAGGCACGCCGUAUUCGCAAGCAAAAGAUUCCAGGCUACGAAGACGUCCAAGCACCCGUCGAGAGUGAAGACAGGUCUCUCGCCAAUAUCUUCAAGACGGCUCUUACUCGACCUUGGCUGAUUCUUGUCGACCCAAUCUCAUUUGCUGUUGCAGUCUACCUGUCUGUUGUGUAUGCUCUGCUCUACAUGCUCUUCAGCAUCUACCCCAUCGUCUUUCAAAAGCAGCGUGGAUGGAAUGCAGGUGUUGGCCAGCUGCCACUGCUUGGUGUUGCUAUUGGUGCAGUUCUCGGUGGUGGUCUCGUCUUUUGGCAGACUCAGCGUGAAGUCAAAGCCAUGCGUGCAGGCCAUAAACCCGUGGCUGAGGACCGACUCUCGAUUGCACGAUGGGGUGGCAUCCUCUUUGCAGCGAGCAUGUUUGGCUUUGGUUGGAGUGCCAAUUUCAAUUAUGUCCACUGGAUCGUACCUACCAUCUUUGGUGUCUUUUUGGCAGCGAGUAUUCUCAUCAUUUUUACCAGCAUGCUCAACUACCUCACGGACUCAUAUUUGAGAUUUGCAGCUUCCGCACUCGCAGCCAAUACUGUUGCUCGAAGUCUGGCAGGCGCUGCCGCACCCCUUUUCACACGCCAAAUGUUUACGAACCUCGGCGUGGGUCCAGGUGCCUCGAUUGUCGGUGGCAUUGCUUGCCUGCUCGCACCCAUUCCAUUCAUCUUCAUCAAGUACGGCGGACCUAUCCGUGAGCGAUCCAAGUUUGCACCUACCCCGACUGGUCCUAAGCCGGUAAACAAGGAAGAAGAAGACACCGAUUCAUCACCCUCGCAAGAUGCGCCUACACCGCCUGCAUCCGGCGACUUAUCCCUUCAACGCUCAAAAUCAGCCAUCUCACAAAGUGGUUCGACAACACCAUUGCCGAGACAGCAAAAGAAGUAUUGGCAGGAUGAGAGUAAUACCAUCGCUCAACAAAUUAGAGAUAUGCAGGCUGGUGUGCCGUAUGUCAAUGAAGACUUGACGAUGACGCGGACAAGAACCGGUGGUAGUGCUUCGCUGGGUUUACGCAAGACGAGGACAGGUGAGAUGCCUAAGCCGCCGACGAGCCCAGGGGCUGCAGGGAUAGCGAGGCCGCGUGUGGUGAAGAUUGUGGAUGAUGUUCCUGAAAGAGUGCAAGAGGAAGGUGCAACUUUGUCAACCGAACCAACGCAUCUCUCUGAGGGGAGCGAGAAGACCGCGGUAGAUGCUAACAAGGGCACUCAAUGA